AUGAAGGAUUCUAUUAUACAAUUAGAUGACAGUGAAGAGGAUGAUAGUAUAGAGGAGCUGCAGGAAAAGAGUUGGAUUGAUGAAAGAAGACUCAAAUCUACUCAAAAUCCGUAUAGCUCUCUACCUGAAUACAAACUAAAGGCAGAUAUUCCGCCUUUCAAUGGGAAUUGCAAACUUGAAGACCUAUUGGACUGGUUUUAUGAAGUUGAAGCUUUUUUUGAUUUUAUGGAAGUCCCAGAUCAUUCUAAAAUUAAGCUUGUAGCAUAUAAGCUUAAAGGGGGCGCUGCUGCUUGGUGGAAAAAGCUUGGUGAAGACAGACGCAACGCUAAAAAGCCACCAAUUAAGACUUGGGAACGUAUACGAAAUUUAAUGCGUCUCAAAUUUUUACCUCAAGAUUAUAGACAACAACUUUUUCUCAAGUUACAAAGCUGUAGACAAAGAGCUCGUUUAGUAGAAGAAUAUGUUGCGGAAUUCUACAAUCUUAUUGCUCGUAAUCAGCUGAAGGAAUCUGAAGAACAAUUAGUAGCUCGUUUUAUUGACGAGUUAAAUAACUUGAUUCAACAAAGUAUGACGCAGUCGGUUUUUACAAUGGUUGAAGUUGUACAACAAGCUCUUAAAAUUGAACGUCGAGUUCUUCAAUCUACUAAAGCCACACCAACUCGUUCCUCACAUUCUCCAGGUAACUACAUAUCAUCUUAUUCGAGAUAUACUCCUCCUCAGCAUAACUAUGUGCCUGCUAGUUCUGUUUUAUACCAACGUGAAGACAAUAUUCAUUAUUCGGGUCAGCAACAACAACCUAUUAAUUUUACUAAUUCACCGUUACCUGUGAAUAGUAAACCAUUUCUUGCUACUCCUAAUGAUGCUUCACAGGUUCCAGAUCCACAAUCUUUUCAACAGCAAAGCACCAGGUUUAAUAAUCGACACCAAAAUUCUUUCCCACCUCAGAACAAACCACAUAAUGCAUAUGCUAAGUAUAUAGGUGACAAGUGCAAUAAGUGUAAUCCGACGGGUCAAACUUCUGGAGAUUUCCGUAAGUUUAAUGGGUUUGUCGGAAAUCCUCAUUCGUUUACAAACGACCAAGAAGAUGUAACUGCUUCCGAUACUGAAAAAGAGGAAGAAGAUGACACUCCUUAUGAAAUCCAUGGUUCUUUUGGAGGGAAUUAUUUGGGAAUGAUUCGUUCUCUUUUGCUUUCUCGUCCUUGUCAUUCACAGAGACACAGUAUUUUAAAAUCACAGUGCGAAAUCAAUGGAAAAAUUUGUGACAUGAUCAUCGAUAGUGGAAGCGUAGAGAAUUAUGUUUCUUCUUAUGCAGUGAAAAAGUUAGGAUUACCUGUUACAAAACAUCCAGAACCAUAUAUUGUUGGAUGGGUUAAUGGUUCUUCAACCAAAAAUAUCGUUCAUCAGUGUUUUGUGCGAUUUUCUUUCCCUGAAUAUGAAGAUUCUGCUUUGUGUGAUGUUAUUGAUAUGUCUGCAACUCAUAUACUUCUCAGGAGAUCAUGGGAGUUGAUACUAAAGCGGUACAUAACGGAUUUGAUAAUACUUACACUUUCAAGCAGGGCGGAAAGUUAA